AUGGCAAAAACCAAUCACCUCCGAUCUAUUAGCUUUCCCAGCAGAUCACAUCCAAGCAUCCAGAAAGUAGAAGAAGAGCUGACAAAGCUCAAAACAUUACAAGUCUCAGCCACUCCAGAAGCAGCUACAAUCAGCAGUGGUCUUCUUGGAUUAGAACAGCUUUACAAGUGCAUGGAUGGUCUUCUAAACUUGCCACAAACCCUUCAAGCCCUCUCUCAAAAUCAAAACAAGAAGUGGGUUGAUGGCUUAUUGGAGAAAUCGGUGAGGCUUCUGGAUAUUUGUGGUCUAGCAAGGGAUAGUGUCUCUCAGUUGAAGGAACAAUUGAGAGAUCUGCAAUCCUCCCUGAGGAGGAGAAAGGGAGAUUCAAGUACUGAAGCCACCAUCACCAGAUACACUUCAUUCAUAAAGAAGAUGAACAAGGAUGCAAAAAAGUCAGUUGCAGCUCUAAAGAAAAUCAACGUUGAGAUUGAAGGAUCAACACCCUUAGAUGUGCAUCAUGAUAUCUCAGCAGUGAUUAGAGCACUAAGAGAAGCAAGUGAAGUGAGCACUUCUAUUUUCCAGUCUGUCCUGCUUUUCUUGUCUAUGCCAGUUUUGAAGCCAAAGACAUCUAGGUGGUCAGUGGUUUCAAAAUUGGUUCAAAAUGGAAGAGUAGCGUGUGAAUACCAACACAAAAACACUUGCAAUCUGGAGACAUUGGAAGCUCAACUUGAGGAUAUUGAGAACACAAUGGAAAGCACUUUUAGAUAUCAUUCUACUUGCCUCUGCAAAGUGUUAACCACUCCCUCUGACUGA